AUGAGAGUGAAUGCCAUUGAUUGCAUGCAAUGGGAAAGGGUGGAAGAGACAUGUGGAAAACCAACAAAUGUAACCGACUGGAAAGGGGAAGUGUUUGAUGAAACUAGGGAAAAAGACAGGGCGACCAAACCAAUCCUCAUAGGUGUUUUCAUGCAUGGCACUCUACACCACACGCGUUAUGAUGACAGACCCUUUUGUUAUAAUAAGCCAGCCAGACACCUCAUUGUGCUCUUACCAAUAGUAUCACUAUGUGUAACCAUGCAUGGCCCCACUUUCACUGCCCAAUCCCCACAUGUCCUCCUUCUUGAGCCUAGCCAACACAAUCAUCCUCUCACUCCUCCUAGAAUCCCUUUUCACUACCAGCCUAGAGCAUUUGUUGUAGCUUCUCUCAAGCUAAUAGCCAUGAUCAAGACCUUGAAUCCUUACCCCAAUCCAGCAAAAACUGCUGAGAUCAUGUCAAGGUACAGACCUAUUGCUCCUAAGCCUGAAACCCCAAACUCCAUGAGUGAUGGCUCUUCCUCUCUCUCCCAGAAGAUCAAGCAAUCUCCUUACCUUAGGAAUUUAUGGCCACAGUUGCAAGCCAGACCCACCAGAACCAGAAAGAGAGGUAGAGCUCCUUUGACACUACCCCCUUCCUCCCUCAAGAGACAGAAAACACAUGUUUUAGGAUUUUGUCCCCCUUGCCAUGCAACAUCCCCAGCAAAGAACCUUGCCCUGCAGGGUUUUGCUCCUCCUCCCUCCCUUCCUCCUCCACUCCAUCUUCCCCAUCCUAACCAUGGACUUGGAAUGCUCAAUUGCAGCACGGAAAAAAAUACCGUCAUCAAUCCCAGUUUAGUGACACUUCCUCUUCUUCCUUGUUCUCCUGGCGGCCCUGCAUUCAAAUUGGACUCAACAACAACAACAACCAAGCCUUGUGGGGGAGGGGUUAUAGAUUUGAACACCAAAGUGAGUGUUCCUGAAGAGAGAGAUCUCUUGCAACAACUGCAAAAGCCAGUUACCAGUAAUGUUAUACAACCUCAGCCUGUUCGCCCCAUUGGCUCUUCCAUUAGUGUUGUGUGCAUUGGUGAAGACUCAACUCUGCCACCAAUGGCUCAAACCCCAAAAAGGUCUCAUGAGGUGGAAGAAGAGGUUGAGUCUGAGACCUUGCCAGUUGUCAUAUCAGACUCAAACCACAGGGUCAGGAUGGCAAAUUCUGCUUACAAGGAGAUGGUGGGUCAGCCAGUUUGUCCUUGGCUGGAGUCUAUGGGGAAUGGUGGUGCUGGAAAUCUCCAAUGCAAGAGGAUCAGUGGAGAGGUAGCUCUGCAUCUUUGUGACCCAAACAUUCCAACUUCGUCAAACGGAUUCUCUUGCUGGGUGAGGAUAGAAUGGCAAAGUGAACAGAAGAAGUGCUGUGUUAACGCUUUCUGUGACGUCAUGAAGUUGACUUGUGAAUCCAGGGACUACCUCUUCACAUGGAGGUUCCACACGCGUACCAGGGAAGCUUCUCAAUCAAGUUGCACCGCUUGA